AUGGACGAUCUCGGCGAGCUUCAAUGUUCGAGCUCACGACGCGCGUCCAGUGCUGAGCGCGGCGGCGCGCCGCUCGCCGAGUUGGUCAUUCGAGACGUCGAGGGGGAGAAUUUACGGGCGCGUCGGGAUCGCGUGAAGCGGGCGAAUGUAUAUAGAAGAGCGCUGGACGCGCAAGUGGCGCUCGAGCGAGAAUUUGUUGAGCGUGAUCGAAGCGCGGCUUCGAGAGAGGACGCCGCGCGAGCGCGCGCGAGAGCCGCGCACGAAGACGCGAUGCGGGAGAGGGAGCGAGCGGAAGCGAACAGAAGACGACGCGAAUACGUGGCGUAUCUCGAUAGACAGGUUCGAGAGCGACGCGAGCGUGAGCGCGUCGCGAGGGAUUUGGAGCGACGGAUGGAGGAAGAGGAAGAGGAGCGCAUUCGGCUCGCGGUGGAGGAAGAGCGAGCAAUCUUACAGGAGAAACGGUUAGCCAUGGCGGCGCGCGAAGCGUUGAUCGGUGACGAGAAGAAGAGGCGUUCACCCAGAGUCACGCACUCCCCGCCGGCGUCGCCGCGCGUGAGUCCGAGGAUUGUUCCUUCGUCCACGGGGCUGGACGCCGCCGAAGUCACCGAGCGCAACGUGAGCGCUCCGCCGUACGUCACCAUUCCGGAAUACAUCGACGUAGACCGACUGACGACGACAACGACGACAGUGAGCGCACCGACCGUCGACGCUGCUACCGCGAGCGAACUCGCUUCGAUCAUCAAAGAGCUUGUCGUGGAGACGCGCGAGCUCCGUGCGCGCCUUUCCAGAGCCGAGGACGAGUUGGCUCGAACGCGAGCGUCGACGUGA